GAAUCGAUCGAAGAAGAAAAACGAACCCUAAUUUCUCGACCUACUUUCAUGGCAAAGGCAGCACCAUCUUGCGGAGGGAGAUCGGUUUUUUCUCGCCGCAAUUUCUCUUCAUUACCCGGUAUCGAAGGUAACGUUUUGGCGAUUCCGCUUCUCUCUUCUCUGAUUCGGCUUGAAAUCCUUUUGUUAUCUGUGAUUUUAGAGUGGAUAGGAGAAGCAAAGAGAGGGGGGUUCUUACGUGCACUUAGAGGAGUGUCUAUUGGAUAUGUCAUAGGUUACUUUGGCCUUCAAGAUGCGGUAGAUGAAACUAAGGCGAUAAUUCAGGAGAGGCGGGACAAGAGGAAAUCUGUUGGAAAAUCUCCAGAUAUUGGUACGGAUAAUCUCUCUAGUGAAAAAAACACAUCAGAGACGGCCUUGCUCAAGUCAGUUGGACAGAACAAUGAAACACACUCUGUAACAUCCUAAUUAUCUGACAAGCUUUGUAUCAUGUCAUUGUUGACUACGUGUACUCAAACAUAAAUUAAGGAAUUGGCUUUGCUUUUUGGUUCAAAUUUAUGAUGUCUAAUUGUAAGAGAACCUGCUUAUGUGAAUGAACGAAAUGAUCUGAU